ACGGGAAUAACAAAACGGCACCUUGUGGAUUUCUAUCCGGGCAUGGAUGACGCACGAACCAGACUCCACUGGGCAUCAGGCCGUGGUACCACUCGACCAGAAGACAUUGCCUACUCACUUUUUGGAAUCUUCAAGGUUCACUUACCAGUCCUCUAUGGCGAACCUGUGGAGAAUGCCCUCGGACGCCUCCUGGCAGAGAUCAUCUCUCGUUCUGGAGACAUUUCGGUUCUGGAUUGGGUUGGGGAGGCAUCAUCGUUCAAUAGCUGCUUCCCUGCCAAUCUCGUACCGUACCAGACGGUACCUGACAUCCAGCUGACCCCCAGUAACCCUGCUAAACACAGUGACCUGGAUCUGGAAAAAGCACAAAAAUUGUACAAUAACCUUGCAAGAUUACCGCGGGCCAAAUUUGUCAACAAUAAGCUUGUGUUGCCCUCCAUCGCCCACCCAGUCACUGUGGUCAAACUACAAGGGACCUCAACUAGACACUCCGACCGUUAUACAUACGAGAUUCAUGCAUCGCGCCUUACGCCCCUCGAGCUCACACAGUCGGUCUACCUUGAUGAGGAUGCCUGUAGAUAUAGUCUUGUUCGUCCUUGGCAUCCAGAAGCGCUCCCGACGCGAACCGGUAGCAAUGACAACGCUGUGUGGGAGCUGUUGGAACAGCUGAAGCAACCAUUCAACGCACUUCUACUCAAGGAGUUGCGUCACAAUGAGUACAGGAGAGUUGCAAGCGACUGUAUGAUUACUGUUUGCCCUCAGGAUCUGGUCAGUGUCCUAGAUAGUCAAGUGCUGAUACCCAAGAUUGUGUAGGAAGUCUCUCUUACCGAAAGUUAUCCGCAUCACCGAGGGCCCCUUUAUGUUUUGUCCUAGCAUGUGUGUCAUUUUAUACCUGUACACGGGAGGGUACUGUAGGUACCACGAGCGCGCAAAGCAUGUCGGACCCUCUGUUUCUGUAUGCAAGGGUCAACCCAGGUAGCCAGAAUCUGUAUGGAGUUCGCAAGUAUGAGCAACUAGUAUUCAUCUCGUUGCGACGUCGAAG